CUAGGUUAAUCGGUCAUUGGUUUUGAAAACCUAUGGCCCUUUUAUAAUGAAUUCUAUGUUUAAUUAAAAAUACUAUUUAGUUCGCAAAGAUGAUUGGUUAAAAAAAAUUUAAUUUAAUUUAGACAAUUAAUUCUAGCCACGUUUUCUUGAUGUUGAUAAAAGAAAUUGUCAUUGUUUAAGUUUGCAUUGAGCUUCUAAAUCGAGACAUUUCGAUUAAGAUUCUUCUCUACUGCCUUCUACAUCUGGCUAUAGAUCGUAGGUUACUAAAUGUUAUUCAAAUGUUUACCAUUUCUUUGAUUUCUCCGAUCCUAAAUUUUGAAAUGUAACAAGGUAUACUUUGCUAUUAACAUUUUCAAUGCUGUAAAAAAUCUUCCGAUCGUUAUGUUAUCAGUUUAAUUUCAUACUAAAGGUCGUCGAGGUUUUUUAAAUUAUGAAUACAAAAAAGUUUUAAGUCAUCUUAUGAAACUGUUUGUUUAUAAUUAAAAUAUUUCCUGGCUAAUGUUUACUUUAGAAACAGAAUUUUCUGUAACUAUGUUAUUUGAGUAAAGUCAUCAAGUUAUUCAAUUCUAAUACUUAUAGUUACCAUCAUAUUUCUUAUUUUCCACGAAUUGUUAUAUUUCCUUUUAGUUACAUAUUUGAAGAAUAUAUUAUAAGUUCCAAUCAGAAUAUUAUCAAAGCUCCAAUGGAGUCUAAUGCUUCACAAGACGAGUUGAUUAUUCAACAACACAGGGAAAUAGAGAGAGAGAUAUCUGAUACCAUUAAGUUAAUUGGAGAAAAAGAAAACUUAUCAACCCUGAAAAAUGAGUACAUCAAUGAUCCUGUUUACCAGAAAAAAAUCUUAGAUCUUUGUAAUAAAUAUGAAAAUAUAAGGAGAACUCGUCCUGAUGGGAAUUGCUUUUUCAGAGCAUUUGGUUUUGCUUAUUUAGAACAUUUAUUGGACAAGAAAGAUCAAUAUGAAAGGUUUAGAGAAUUAGCUGAAAAAAGUAAAGAUCAGUUGAUUGCACUUCGAUUCCCAAAAUUUACACUGGAGGAUUUCCAUGAUGUUUUUAUGGAAGUAGUUAAUGCUGUUGGUGAAGGUGGUGAAGAAAGAAUGUCAGAACUUUAUAGAAUGUUUAAUGAACAAGGCUACUCAGAUUAUGUUGUUGUAUAUUUAAGGCUAAUAGCUUCCGCUCAUCUUCAGGAAAAAGCGGAGUUUUAUCAGAACUUUAUCGAAGGAAACAGAACAGUUAUUGAUUUCUGUCAUCAGGAGGUGGAACCUAUGUAUAAAGAAAGUGAUCAUAUUCAUAUAAUUGCUUUGAGUUCUGCGCUUGAUGUUGGAAUAAGGGUUCGUUAUAUGGAUCGUGGAGAUGGCUCUGAAGUUAUAGCUCAUGAUUUUCCUGAGGGAACGGCUCCAAGAGUCCAUCUAUUGUAUCGCCCUGGCCAUUAUGAUAUUCUCUAUGAGAAAAAUCCGUCAUCGUAGCCGUUAAAGACUCCUUGAAUAUGAAGUAAAAGAAAAUUCUACUAAAUAUUUUUUGUAUAGAUACUUAUUAAUUCUCUAAUGCCUUUGAUCUCAAGCAGAUAUGAAGUAAUAAUUGAAUAUUGAAAAAAAAAUUAAUUGAGACCACUAAAUUAAUUUUAUUUUUUUUUUUUAUUAGAUUUUUGUUACAAUUUCAUUAUCACUGCACUGUAUCCAUUCUUUCCACCAAUGUUCUCUAAUUUAUUUAUUUUUAUAAUUUGUAUAUAUACAGUGAGUGGAUAUAUAUUUUAAGAUUCUUUCAAUCCAAGUUUCCGUUUUGUGAUGUGUAAGAAUUGUUCAAAUAGUGUAUUUUUUAUAUAUCUAUUAAUAAAUACACAUUUCUAUGAAAUAAAUAUUUGAAAUUUUAUUAUUUGGCUAUGUAAAUUAUGUCUACCUACUCCACGUAUCUACUUGACCAAUCUUUAUACUGAUAAAUGGAACAUAUUUUUUGGAGGAGGCAUUUAUAUUUUUAUUUUUUUUAUACCUAGGACUCCAUCUGGACUAACAUCUAACUUGGAAUCCUCAUACCAGACUGAAACGACAAGAAACAGCUCGACGUUUCCGACUACUUCAACACUUACUAGACAAACGCUCUAACCUUCCAGUUAAUUAUAAAAGACUCAUUUACAUGACUAUAAUAAGGCAUAUUUGGACUUACGGAGUUGAGCUAUGGGGCUCCACCAAACCUUCAAAUUCCUCUCGUAUCCAAUCCUUACAAUCCAAAAUCCUUCAUGCUCCUUACUUUGUUACAAAUAAAAUCAUCCAUAAUGACCUUAAUGUUCCUUAUGUAUCAGAUUUGGCCCAAUCCAGAUAUCUGUCCUUCCAUAAUAAACUUCAUAACCAUCCCAACCCUCUUGUUUCUAACCUUGCUUCCUAUUCAAUUCCUGAUAACCCUCCGAGGCGUAUGAAAAAAAGAUGGCCACGUGAUCUCCUAAUAUAGACAUAUUAUUAGAGUGCUACCAAUGGGUAGUUUCUCAACAUGUGUUUCAUGUCAUUAUAUCCAUGUGCGAAUUUACCAGAUGUAUUAUUUGUAUACAGUUGUAAAUAUUAUAU